UCCCGGGGGUGACUCAGCAUCUCAAACUCGCAUCCUUAGCAUCCCUCACUCAAUAGUUUUUGAAUGAAUGACAGGGCACCCGUAAUGGCCACGGCACCUUCUUUACUACCUCUGCACCCCUCCCUGCGUUCCCUCUUUCUCUCUCCAGUGCCCUCCUCCCUGCUCCCCACAAACCCAGCAACUGGGACAGAUUCCUCUGGCUUUGGAAAGAGGGCUGCUUGUCUUUGUCUCAUCACCCCCAACUCCAGCCGCUGCACACUCAGAUAUCUCUCCUGGUGGUUACCUUGCUUUCGGAAAACAGAAAAGGAAAUUUUAAAAGGUCAGCUCAUCUCAAAAGGCUGUCUGCAGCAGUGAGAUUUUAAAACUGUCUGUGUAUUCUGCCUAGUAACUGGUGAGAGAGUAGGCUCAGGGAUACCAUUGGCUGGGCCCAUCCACAGUCGGCCAAUCCUGGGCUCUAGACCAUUCAUUGAGAUCUUGGGACUCUGCGGUCAGAGUGGACCUAGUCUCAGGUCCUGCCGCUGGGCACUCCGCGAGUAAUGGAAGGCGAAGGUAAAUUUUUUUUGUUUUUUGUUUUUUCUUCUCCGAUUUCAGGGCGGUUUGUUCUCUGUUUGUGACUAUGAGAUUAGACAGAAGACGGACCACAGGAAAAUCAUCAGUUAGUUGAGCGUCAGAGGAGAACAGAGAACGCAGAAGUUAAUUCUAGAAGGGAACGUCUAAUGAGUCCAUCCGUCGGGAGGUACCUGAACCCGGAGACAACGUGGGGCGCGCUGACGAUCCCCCCGCGGUUACAGGAAAGCUGGACUUGGAUCGGAGCUGGGGCCCCGUCUCCUCGGCCGGUCUCUCCACGUCUGGUGCCCCCAGGCCUCCGGUCGGGCGCUGACUCUCCCGGGUGCCUGGUCGGUGGCGCUGAUGAAGCCCGAGGCCGCCCCCCGCUGCCGCGCGCGGGGCUCGCUUCUCUUCUUGGCGCUCCUCUGCGGGUGUGCCCUGCCCUCAGCCCAGUUUACUGUCGUGGGUCCAGCUGACCCAGUCCUGGCCAUGGUGGGAGAAGACACCACGUUUCACUGCCACCUGUCCCCCGAGAAGAACGCUGAGGACAUGGAGGUGCGGUGGUUCCGGACUCACUUCUCGCGGGCAGUGCUCGUGUACAAGGGUGGACGAGAGAGGACCGAGGAACAGCUGGAGGAGUUCCGAGGAAGGACGACCUUUGUGAGCGACGGCAUCAGACAGGGGAGCGUGGCGCUCGUCAUACACAAUGUCACAGCGCACGAGAAUGGCAUCUACCACUGUUACUUCCAAGAAGGCAGGUCCUACGAUGAGGCCAUCAUGCGGCUGAUGGUUGCAGGCCUGGGCUCCAAGCCCCUCAUUGAAAUGAAGGGCCAUGAGGACGGGGGCAUCCGGCUGGAGUGCACAUCCGUAGGGUGGUACCCAGAGCCCCACGCGGUGUGGAGGGACCCUCACGGUGAGAUCAUGCCCGCCCUGGAGGAGGCUUACACUGUGGACGCCGACGGCCUCUUCACGGUCACCGUGGCCGUGAUCAUCAGGGACUGCUCUGUGAGGAACGCGUCCUGCUCCGUCAACAACACCCUGCUUGGCCAGGAGAAGGGAACUGUGAUUUUCAUUCCAGAAUCCUUGCCCCCCAGCACACUCCCCUGGAUGGCGGGCCUCGCUGCCCUCCCGCCUUCUCUGCUGCUCCUCGUCGCUGGAGUCCUGUGUCUCGCCAGGAAGGUCCACCGGGAAAAAGAGGUUGAGAAUGAAGAGAGAGAAACUGCAUGUCAGGAGCUGGGGAAAGAAGAUGUGGAAAAAGAGAAAGAACGUGAGAUCAGAGAGCAACUUCAAGAAGAACUGCGAUGGAGAAGAACCCUGCUAAAUGCCGCUGACGUGGUCCUAGACCCAGACACGGCACAUCCUGAGCUGUUCCUGACAGAGGACCGGAGAGGUGUGAGGCGAGGCCCCUCCAGGCAGAGUGUGCCUGACAACCCCGAGAGGUUCGACUGCCGGCCCUGUGUCCUGGGCCUGGAGAGCUUCUCCUCAGGGAGGCACUACUGGGAGGUGGAGGUCGAAAACGUGAUGGUGUGGGCUCUGGGGCUUUGUAGAGACAAUGUCGAGAGGAAAGGAGAGGCCUUACUGGUUCCCCGGAAUGGCUUCUGGACCCUGGAGAUGUUCGGAAACCAAUACCGGGUCCUGUCUUCCCCCGAGAAGAUCCUCCCCUUGAAAGAGCGCCUUCGCCGCGUGGGCAUCUUUCUGGACUAUGAAGCUGGAGAUAUCUCCUUCUAUAACAUGAGGGACAGGUCACACAUCUACACGUGUCCCCACUCACCCUUCUCUGGGCCCUUGAGACCCUUCUUCAGGCUGGGGUCUGAUGACAGCCCCCUCUUCAUCUGCCCAGCCUUUACAGGGGCCCGGGGGGUCGCGGUGCCCGAGGGCGGCCUGAUCCUUCACAGGACGGGGACCCAGCGCAGCCACCAGGGUCAGUUCCCUGGUCUCAGAGCCAAGUAGAGGGCCCCGGCACCCCUGGCAGGAAACGGGUCAUGUCAAGAACCGCCUCCAGAGGCCUCCUGGACACCCUCUUCAGGCCCAGCCCUGCCUGGCCCUCAUCAGGCUGUUGCUUUCCCGAUUCAUUUGCUGGUGACCACGGGGGCACGGGCC